AUGUCACAGCCUCUCAAGAGAACAAGCGGCAGCCUGUUGGAAACGUUAUCCCACUUGAGGAACCAUAUGGGAUUGGUGCUCUUUCUUUCCCUCUCCAUGGCACUCCUCUGGCUUCCAGGGGUAGCAGGAACCACCCUUAACUGCCAUAAGACCUGCAUCUGUGCCUCAAACAUAGUGAGCUGCUCCAAGAUGAAUCUGACCACCGUCCCCAUGGGGUUGCCACUUUACACAGCUGUGUUGGACCUCAGCUAUAAUGACAUCAAGCGACUACGGGCAGAGUGGACUCCGGUGAAGCUCCUGAAGCUACACAACCUCUUACUCAGCCACAAUGGUCUCCACUUCCUCUCCUCAGAGGCUUUUGUGUAUGUCAAGCAUCUACGCUACUUGGACCUAUCAUCCAACAACUUGCAGCUGCUGGAUGAGUUCAUAUUUGAGCCUUUGGUCAACGUGGAAGUACUUUUGCUCUACAACAACCAUAUCUCCCAGAUCGACCGCUCAGCCUUCGUGGGCAUGGUCAACUUACAGAAGCUCUACCUUAGCCAGAACCAGAUCUCUCGCUUCCCUCUGGAGCUGGUCAAGGAAAAAUCCCGCUUGGAAAAACUCAGCCUUCUGGAUGUGUCCUCCAACAGAAUAAAGAUCUUACCAAUCAAUGAGCUCCAGCAGCUACCUGCCUGGAUUAAAAAUGGCCUCUAUUUCCACAACAACCCACUGUUAUGUGACUGUGAGCUGUACAGCCUCUUAGCCCACUGGCACAUUCGAAAACUCAACUCCGCUCUGGACUUUAAGGAUGACUACAAAUGUGUCUUGCCAGGUCCCCUGAAAACUCAAGUUGGUGUUUUUGAUCUCAACACUGACCAUAUGAACUGCAGCACAUUCAAGGAGGCAGAUGAGGAGGCUUUUCUGGAACAGACCUUAACGCUUGGCUGUGACACCAAACACAAAGACAUGUCAAAGACCUGGGUGAUGCCUGGCAAUGUGAUGGUGACUCCAGGGAGUAAUCAGACGGCUAAGGUCUUACCAGAUGGGAGUCUUGAGAUCGGUCCUUUGAGGCCCGAGGACUCAGGGACCUACACUUGCUUUGCGGUGAGCGAGGCCCUUAAUGAGACUCUAUAUGUGGUGUUGAAGGUUCACAACUUCACCAUGAAUGCAGGUGGGGAAACCCUGAACACCGCUUACACCACAUUGGUGGGUUGCCUGGCCAGCGUGGUGCUGGUGCUCAUCUACCUGUACCUGACUCCAUGUCGGUGCUUCUGCUGCCCCAAAAAGGGUAAGACCCAUGGCGAGGACAGCAUCCACUCUUCCAUGCUAAGCGUUACCCCAACCCAUGAGGACCCGGCACUCAAGGCUGAACUUAACAGGCAUGUGGCCUUCAUAGACUCAAAGGAACUGCAGGGCCAGAAUGGCAAGUUCAACCCUAAUGGGGAUGACGAUGACCUGGAUGAGGAGGCCAGCUCGCUGGGAAAGGCAAGGAGGAAGAAGUCUGUAGCAGAGUCCAUCAGCUCUGUCUUCUCAGACACCCCCAUGGUGGUCUAA